AUGGACAAAUUAAAAGAAGCUGUUUACAAUUCAGAUCAACCCGUUGCUAAAAUGGAAACUAAAACAUUAGUUAAAUUCAUAUCUGAAGAGGGUAAUAAAGUCAUACUUGAAGGUAUAUAUCCAGUUGAACCAUUUAGAGAAGGCGCCAGAGGUACUUAUGGUGGUGAUUUUUUAGCGCAAGGUUUAAAUGCAUGUUGGGAAACUGUACGUCCUGAAUUGCAACCACAUUCAUUACAUUCAUAUUUCGUUAAAGCAGGAUCGAAUAAAUCAAAUUUACGUUGGGAAAUUAUGAAAAUAUCCGAUUCAAGAAAUUUUUCAAAUAGAUUAGCCAUGGCAUACCAAAUACAUUCAAACCAAUUAUUAUUCACAAUUCAAGCAUCAUUCAUCAAAAAUAAUAAUCAAGAUUCAAAAUAUAACGAAUAUAAUGAGUUAGUAAGAUUAAAUAAAGAAAUUAAAACUUUCCCAUUUGAAUUUUCAAAAUUACCAAACAAAAGAUUUAAUAAAUUAAAAGAUAAAUUGGAAGAUCUAUCAUAUAUUGUACAUACAAAUGAAAAUAUAGCACAUAUUUUACCAUCAGAUUUAUUUUCAGAAAAUAAAAAUUUAAAUCUUGAUGAUGUUGGAAAUACGGAAUUGGGUUUAUUUGCAAAAAUGUUGGAUAAUUAUACUCUUGGGAAAGAUUUUGUAAGACAAUCACAUUUAGGAUUAGCUUUUAUAUCUGAUUCAAUUUGGUUAGCUUGUGUUAUUAAAGCUAUUGGAUUACCUUUUGGUGUUGAUGAGAAAGAUUUUUUUAGAGUUAGUUUAGAUCAUUCAUUAUAUUUUCAUGAUCUAAAAUUUGACCUGAGUGAUUGGAUGUUUUUAGAUUUUAGAUUUUUAAAAAUGGGUAAUAAUAGAAUUUUAGCAGUUAUUAAUUUUUAUACAUUGGAAGGCAAAUUGGUUGCAACUGCAACUCAAGAAGCUUAUGGAUUUUUACCAAAGGCAAUGGUUGAUAAAUCAAGGAAAUUACAUGAAAAUGCCCAAAUGAAAAUAGAGUCAAAUUCAGUAGCUGCAAAAUUAUAG